AUGUCUGGUGCUGCUCGUGCGCUUCUGGUCCGAUUACGCCCGUCUUUCGCGCUCUUAGCUCCACGGACGGUUCCUCAACCGAGGGAUUUGCCAUUGGCAUCAGUGGCUGCCUCUCCGUACCUUUCUGCGUCGCGCGCUUCCCCGUACUCCGCUCUCCGCACGCUGACGUCAGCAGUCAUGUCAGGCGCUCUUUCCACGGCCGCUGGCACUUCCGCGGCUGCUGUAGCGCCUUCCGCAGUUCCGCGCGCGCAUUCCGUCGCGCGCGGAUCGUCCGCGAAGGGGGUCAUCCAGAUCCCGACCACCGCUCCUCGUGGCUUGCGCGGGGAGCCAUGGCGUGGAUUGCGUAGGCUGACUGGCGGAACCGUUGCGCCGUCAGCAGUUCUUGCGCGGAAGCUGGCCGCAAACGCUGCACGAAUUCCGCGCGUGUCGUGCUCCGCUGCGCCGUCCGGAUCCGUCGCCACGGCUCCCGCCAGCCAGCAAGGUCCGCCAUCGCUGGCCGCCAUUCUUGCGCUCGGCAACAUCCGACCGCACCCCAUCACAUCCCAACCCCUGACUCUCCCUUUUUCUCCCAAUAUCCUUCCUUCUCCUCCCCCAUCCGCAGCGGCGAGUCCCGAGGUGGUGGCGCGGCUGGGGUUCGAGGAGGAGCGGCGCGAGCACGUGGCGGAGUACAACGCGGAGGCGACGGUGUACCGCCACAAGCGCACGGGCGCGCAGAUCAUGUCGCUGUGCUGCGCGGACGAGAACAAGGUCUUCGGCAUCACCUUCCGCACGCCCCCCAAGGACAGCACGGGCAUUCCGCACAUUCUCGAGCACUCCGUGCUGUGCGGCUCGCGCAAGUACCCCGUUAAAGAGCCAUUCGUCGAACUCGCUAAGGGCUCGCUCAACACCUUCCUUAACGCGUUCACCUACCCCGACCGCACGUGCUACCCCGUCGCUUCCACGAACCUGCAGGACUUCUACAACCUGGUGGACGUGUACCUGGACGCGGUGUUCUUCCCCAACUGCGUGCGCGACGAGAAGACGUUCCAGCAGGAGGGGUGGCACUACGAGCUCGACGAUCCCAAGGACGAUAUCACCUUCAAAGGUGUGGUGUUCAACGAGAUGAAGGGCGUGUACUCGCAGCCCGACUCCGUCUUCAUGCGCGCCGUGCAGCAGGCCCUGUUCCCCGACAACGAGUAUGCGGUGGACAGUGGCGGAGAUCCCAAGGUCAUCCCGCAGCUGUCCUUCCAGCAGUUCCAGGACUUCCACGCGCAGUUCUACCACCCCUCCAAUGCGCGCAUCUGGUUCUAUGGGGAUGAUGACCCCAACAAGCGCCUCGCCAUGAUUGCCGAGUAUCUGGACAAGUUUGACGCCAAUCCAGCAGCCCCCAUGGAGUCACAGGUCUCAGCCCAGCCGCUCCUCUCCAAGCCCUGGCGCAUCGUCGACACCUACCCCUCCUCCGCCGAUGCCGCCCCCUCCGAGUCCUCCGAAGAAGAAGCAGCAGACGGCGAUGAAUCCUCUUCCCCCUCCUCCUCCUCCUCCUCAGCAGCAGCACCCAGGAGGCACAUGACAGCUGUGAACUGGGUGCUCUCAGAGUCACCGCUGUCUCUCCCUCAGGAGCUCACUCUCGGUUUCCUCGACCAUCUCCUCCUAGGCACGCCCGCUGCCCCCCUCCGCAAAAAGCUCCUGGAAUCCGGGCUCGGGGAGGCCAUCGUGGGCGGCGGGCUACAGGACGAGCUACGCCAGCCAGUAUUUUCGAUCGGGCUGAAGGGCGUGGCGGCCGCCGAUGUGCCUAAAGUGGAGCAGCUUGUAAUGGAGGUUUUAGAGGAGCUGGAGAGGGACGGGUUCACCGAACCGGCGGUCGAAGCGGCUGUGAACACUGUCGAGUUUGCUCUUAGAGAGAACAACACGGGGUCGUUCCCCCGAGGCCUCUCCCUCAUGCUGCGAUCCAUGGGGAAAUGGAUCUACGGUGGAGAUCCCAUCGAGCCGCUGCGAUUCGAGGGGCCUCUGGCAGAAUUCAAGGAGAAAAUCCGCCAGCCGGGGGGAAUUAAAGCCGUGUUCAGCCCGCUGAUUCGGGCUUACCUCCUAGACAACCACCACAGGGUGACUGUGGAAAUGCAGCCGGAUCCCACCAAGGCAGACGCGGACGAGGAAGCAGAGCGGGCGGUGCUAGAGUCUUUCAGGCAGAAGCUAGCGGAAUCAGACCUAGAGAAGCUGGUAGAGGCGACUAAGGAGCUCAAGGAACGGCAGGAGACUCCCGAACCUCCCGAGGCGCUUCGGUGCGUGCCGAGCCUGCAGCUGGAGGAUAUUCCAAAGCAGCCGGUGCAGGUGCCGAUUGCGGUGGAUCGGGAUGGGUCAGGGGCGACUAUCCUGCGCCACGACCUGUUCACCAAUGACGUGCUCUAUUUGGACCUCGCUCUCGACAUGAGGCACCUGCCUGCUCACCUCGUGCCGCUGGUUUCCCUCUUCUGCCAAUCCCUGCUGGAGAUGGGCACCAAGGACAUGGACUUCGUUGAUCUGAACCAGCUCAUCGGCCGCAAGACGGGUGGCAUCUCCAUGUUCCCCCUCACCUCCUCCAAGCGCGGCUCCAAGCAGCCCGUCUCUUAUCUUGUGGCCAGGGGCAAGGCCACGUCCGCCCAGGCAGCAGACCUGCUCAACCUGGUGCGAGUGGUGCUGUGCGACGUGCAGCUGACAGACCAGCAGCGCUUCAAGCAGUUUGUGGCACAGCGCAAGCAGGGCAUGGAGUCGCGUUUCCUGGGAAGUGGGCACAGCAUUGCUGCCUCGCGAUUGGACGCCAUGGACAGCCUGGCAGGAUGGGCCAAUGAGCAGAUGGGCGGCUACAGCUAUCUGCAGUACCUGCGAGCUCUGGAGAAGCGAGUGGAUGAGGACUGGCCAGGUGUCGCCGCCUCAUUGGAGCAAAUCCGCCAGGUGGUGCUCUCUGCUGACGGGGCGGUGGUCAACCUCACAGCUGACGCUGCCACGCUGGACAAGGCUGAUGUGGCAGUGAGGGAGCUGCUGGCUUCCCUGCCAGCUCAGCGCGCACAGGUGGCAGGCUCUCCUUGGUCAACCCUGCCCGUGAAGAACGAAGCCUUCCUGGUCCCCACACAGGUGAACUACGUGGGCAAGGCAGUGAACCUGUACGACGCGGCGGGGUACAAUCUGAGUGGCAGUGCCUACGUGGCAUCCAAGCUGGUCGGCAUGAGCUGGCUGUGGGACCGCGUCCGUGUCAGUGGCGGCGCGUAUGGUGGCUUCUGUGACUUUGACUCUCAUUCCGGUGUCUUCACCUUCCUGUCAUACCGCGACCCCAACCUGCUCUCCACUCUCGACAACUACGACGGAGCAGUGGAGUUCCUGAGGCAGCUGCAGCUGGACGAGGAUGCGCGCACCAAGGCCAUCAUUGGGACCAUUGGGGAUGUGGACUCGUACCAGCUGCCAGACUCCAAGGGCUACUCCAGCAUGGUGCGAUACCUGCUGGAAGUGAGUGAGGAGGACAGGCAGAAGCGGCGCGAGGAGAUUCUCACCACCACCAACAAGGAGCUGAACGAGUUUGCAGACUACCUGCAAGCGGUGAAGGAGAAGGGCACGGUGGUGGUGGUGGCAUCGCCUGGGGAUGUGGAGGCAGCCAACAAGGAGAAGCCAGGGUUCCUCUCCACUAUCAACGUGGUGGUGGUGGCAUCGCCUGGGGAUGUGGAGACAGUCAACAAGGAGAAGCGAGUUUUCAGCAGCACUCACCUUCCAGUGCUGUGCGAGUGCCACAAAACUGCUGCGAUCGCCUUCCCCGUCCACAUUUGCUCCUCCUCCCUCCCCGCCAUUCAUAUGCUCCCCCCCCCACUCCAUUCACCUCCUGUCUUCCACAAUUCAUCUUCCCAUGCCCCUCCCCAUUCACCUCCCCGUUCUCCCCAGCAGCCUCUGUCUGCCCCUAUCUGCAGUGCACGUGGGGACCCUCACCACGCCUUGCAGCAUGAGAAUGGGGCGGGGUGCUGGAAAGCGGGAGAAUGGGGCGGGGUGAUGGAAAGCGAGAGAAUGGGGCGGGGUGAUGGAAAACGGGAGAAUGGGGCGGGGUGA